AUUAAUGGAACACAAUGUUUCAUUAGUAACAUCAACAAAGAGCAGCAAGUGGAAUAACGUCAGUUUCAACGAUUCAGAACCAGUGUAAACUAUUUCAAGAUCUCUGCAAGAACUGCAACGUGGUAGGGAAACAUUUGUGGUUGCCAUUGUUGAAAAACGUCAACGGUACUGCACAGUCCCUCGUGAUUAGUUGUCUACACGCUUAAUUGAAGGAAAUACUAAACUGCAUUUAGAGUUUGUGAAAAUAAAUCAUUUUUCCCCAUCUAGGUUUAUAGCCCCACAAAGGUGUGAAGAACUCAGAUUUUUCUCAAAUUUGCCCCUAAAAUUAAGUGGGUUUCCCUGAAAUUUAAAACAAACAAACAAAAAAAACAAAACCUCAGUCCUGGGGAUGAAGUGGAAAUGGUAGAACAGGUCAACCCAUCUUUCCAGAGCCCAUUUAUUUCACCUUGGUUACCCCAUCUUCAGGAGCUCGCUAAUCAACCACGCUGCCUUUCCAAAGGUUCCUUUUUCCCUCCUCACUCCCUAUUUCUUGCCUAUUCACCGAAGAGCUAUUAUACAGUCAAUCAUGGCUCCCUGUGUCCUCUCAACAACUUGUGGGCAAGGAAUUUGUCAAAUACAGUAACUCAUCAACCGCCGGAGAUGACUUUUACACUUUUUACUAUCGCUUAACAUCGAGGGAGUAGCCAUAAUUAUACAGAUUUAGGUGGAAUAAGCACAGAGUGAAUAGCCUCCCAAAGAGGACUCCAUUGAUCUCAAGGAAAAAAAUCCAAGCUUGUCAUCUGUUUCACUAUAUGUACAAGUUUUAAUAUCUCAAUCUCUGAUUGGUGCGGUACAUAUUUUCUCUCUCUAUAGCCCAUGCCAAUAGGUCCAGGGGUACAUUCUGAUUGGCUAACACUCGCCUCUGAAAACCAAUGGAAAAGGAAAUUUUACGAAACAUCCAGAGACUAUAAUAACCCCAUUCGCAGACUAGAUUAUUGAGAAUUACAGCCUGUCUUCUAAUAUGUCUGGGUGCGGGAAACAGAGUGGUAAAGCUCGUGCUAAGGCCAAGACCCGCUCUUCUCGGGCCGGGCUGCAGUUCCCCGUGGGCCGAGUGCACCGCCCGCUCGGCAAGGGGAACUACGACGAGCGGGUCGGGACCGGCGCGCCGGUGUACCUGGCGGCGGUGCUGGAGUACCUGACGGCCGAGAUCCUGGAGCUGGCGGGCAACGCGGCCCGCGACAAGAAGACGCGCAUCAUCCCGCGUCACCUGCAGCUGGCCAUCCGCAACGACGAGGAGCUCAACAAGCUCUUGGGGCGCGUGACCAUCGCGCAGGGCGGAGUCUUGCCCAAUAUCCAGGCCGUGCUGCUGCCCAAGAAGGCCGAGAGUCACCACAAGGCUAAGAGCAAGUGAAGUUUAGACUUGUAUCAGAAGCCAAAGGCUCUUCUCAGAGCCACCAAAAAUUAUUCUCAGAGGACUGUAACUAUGGAGUUAUUCAUAGACUUCUGAAAGCCCAGCAGUGCGCGCGCAUGUUUGUGCGCGCUCAUCUUUCCACCCUGCCGCAGUAAGUGAUCAGCUGGCCAAUCACAUGACGGCGGUAAUUUUUUAAAAAAACGGUAAGAAAAAUCGUAAGCGAUCCUUUAGCUACCUGUUGCUUGCUAUGGUGGUUACCAAAAACAUUCAGUUAAGCUCUUUUACCUGAAAUUAGUGGGUGGCUCUGAAAAGAGCCUUUGAGAUUUUCAGAAAGGGACUUCCCGCUGCA